ACCUCUCACGCUUCUACGGACGCACAAGGGAACGGUCAGGCAAACUCAAUUUCCAGGAAAGGAUCAAUCGUUCAGGAUGGCAGCCCCGGUAAAUCAAAGGACCAGUCAAAAUCAGCCGACGCCAGCAGCGUGAAGACUAGUGAUGGCGACAAGACCAAGUCUUCUGACCGCAGCAGGAUAAAGGAUAGUGAUGGCAAGAAGACAAAGUCAGCUGACCGUAGCAGCAUAGAAACCAGUGGGGGCGACGAAACCAAGUCGGCUAACCGCAGCAGCAUGAAGGUCAUCGAUGGCGUUAAGACCAUGUCAGCUGACCGCAGCAGCAUAAGGGCCACUGAUGCGGACAAGAGCGGCGCCGAGGGAAGUUCUUCAGACAAGGACAAGGACGAAACGGAAACUGGACAUCUGUCAUCUGCUAAACAAAGAAGUUUCAAGAACGAGAGUGAAAAUGAAGAGGGCACCACAAAGGACAAAGACGAAUUCAAGAGUGACAUAGCACAGGACUAUGACAAAUUAGAACAGGUAGAUGAGAUCGAGGAUCUGAAUAACAGGGCGGUGAAAGAAGAACCCCCAGUGCUCGAGACUGCUCUUUUGGGCCCUUCGCCACAGCCAAGGUCGGCCUUCUUUAACUUUUUUCAACGCAAACCCGCAUCUUCAGCUCCGCCAUUGGACGAUCAUGCCCUGACCACUUCGUCAGCACCGCCACGGAAGAUAGGCUUGAAGUUCCCUUUCUUUAGCACUGCGACACGAGCUUUGCCAUCUGGCCUACGGGACGCAGCACCGGAAGAUAGACCAACAAAGCCAACAGUGGAACCAGGUGUAACAAGUUCACAGGUGCCAUUGAGCUCAGCUGGUCCACCUUCAUACAAAAGGCCAUCCUUCGUGGAACGCUUCAAGGGAGUCCUUAGCAAGCAGUUUACAAAACCACUUCAGUCUGCUCCGUCUCGUUUGGAACCUCGUCAUCCGUCAGAUGGGUAAGCAAAGAGAACGUUAAGGCUUGGAAUUCUCGAGUGAUACUGUAUCGUGAUACUUUUUAUGCAAUAGGCUUCAUUAUAUGCGCGUAUUUGCAAUAGAAUAUAUUGUAAGGUUGCACUUUAUUCCAAAAGUUAAAAAGAAAUGUUUAUUUAUUUUAUCACGCCAGAAAUAUUUAUUGGAAAUCGGGGAAAACGUGAAACCCUAAGUUGUAUUAUGCCUAAUGAUAUGUGACCAUGACCCUGACACCCAACUAUAUUUAUCUUAGUCUUCGAUAAAAUACUUGUUUGUCAUAAUAUCGUGACAUUCCCCAAGAAAAUAUGGAAAUAUUCGGAAAUAAUGAUAGUGACAGCAUUACUCGAUCGGUGGCGGUGUUCGGUUGUCUCGUCAUACGAGAUCACAAGGCAGCACAUCGCACCAGGUCAAAGACACGCGUAAAUCUGUGAACUAUCCUUAAAUGUACUGCACUUCAUUUUCGUCAUAAUGUGACGGUUGCAUUUGUUUUUAAAUGGUGCGCUGCACUCGUAUACCAAUACCGCAGCUGCUUUGAACAGUUCCAAGAAACCAAUGUGUGCAUUUUUAAAGUAUAUAUGCGUGAUGUACUGUUUCCAUACUAGCAAGCAUGAAGUAUAUUUUGCAAAUUGCUGUAUUUGGUAUGUAUCAAUUGCGAAAUGUGUGUGCUGUUUAACGUUCUCUUCUAAAUGCGAUUUAUGUAGUAUAAUGCACGAGCAAUAAAUCUGAGUCUCCCUGUGUUUUAA